GGCCAGUCAACGAGGAAGCGCAAUUUCGGACCAAAGGUUGUGGCUGCUGCUGCUGCUCACUUGUCUGGACUCCAGCUUUACGAUGGCGUUGGACUGGAUUGGCUUCAGCUAUGCUGCAGCCAUUGCUUUUGGAGGAUUUAUGGGAUACAAGAGAAAAGGCAGCGUGAUGUCCCUGAUGGCUGGUCUAGUUUUUGGCGGAUUAUCCGCUUUCGGUGCCUACAACAUAACGAGUGACCCAAAGGACAUCAAGGUGUCACUGCUGUCCUCGGGAGUUCUCGCAGUCAUCAUGGGAAUGAGAUACAAGAACUCUGGGAAAUUAAUGCCAGCUGGAAUAAUGACAGGGCUAAGCUUGUUGAUGGUGUUUCGCCUCUUACUUCUGAUCGUCUGACCGGGAGAACAUCAACCUUUACCCUGGAAACAGGAAACAUUCCCACUAAGCCGACUAAAUCAAAUUUUACUGCAGUAUUAUUUUUUAAUACAUGCAUAUGAGCAAGUGUAUGAAUGGGAACUUCCAUGAUUUCUUAACCCACACUACAGGAGACGACUGUGAGCUCUGGGUGCUGUUAGGGCUCGGAUUUAUUUCUAGAACUUGAGAAAAAGAACAAGUUGAAGCAUUUUCAUUUGUAUUCUUGUCCGUCUAUGAUGGGGAAAGAGUUUUUGUGAUUUUUUUCUAAUAACAGCAAAUUAAAACAAGUUUAAUUCAUUAAAAA